AUGCGCUGCUGUUACCCCGGGUUCCUCUUGUUUUUUGCCUGGAUAGGCAGGAUCCACACACUGGGACAUGGGAGCCACAGAUAUCAACUUUCAGUUUCUGACUAUGAAGGAGGGACAGUACUGCACACCCCCAGGGACAACACGGUGCUGACUUCCUGCGACUUCAACAACAACAGCUCCCCCUUCUGUGACUUCCGACAGGAUGUGCAGGAUCACAGCGACUGGAUACGGCACCGUGGAGCCACGCCCACUGAAGGCACGGGGCCCAGCGGAGACUUCCCUGAUGGGAACGGCUACUACAUCUACCACGAGGCUGACAACGUGGUCAGCGGCCAGGGCGCACGGCUGCUGAGCCCGGUUCUGAGGCCGAGGGACAGCCAGCUGUGUGUGCAGUUCUGGUUCUACAUGUACGGCCUGGAGUCUGAUAAUCGGCUGGCCCUGCUGGUCCAGAAGCCCGGCGCGGUGGAGCAGCUCCUGUGGGAGAGACAGGGAAUCCAGAGCCACUCCUGGCUGGGGGAGGCUGUCACAGUCCCUGCCUCUCCCGGGCAGGACCUCACUGUGGUGUUCGAGGCCGUGCGGGGCUUCAGCGCGUCCUGUGACACGGCGUUGGACAACAUCACCAUCAGCAGUGGCGCCUGUCCUGGCUGCCUGUCUGGCUGUGAUUUUGACACUGUUACGGACCAGUGUGGCUGGACAACCCAGAGUGAGCCCAGUAUUACGGGCUGGGAACAGUGGAACGGACAGACUGAUACCGAGGGCACCGGGCCUGAGGACGACUUCUCCAAACCAGGCUUUGGGAGCUACAUGCUGUUGGACUCCAUAUUUUGUGUACCGGGUGCAAAAUCAGAGCUGUGGAGCCCAGCUGUGAGCAAUGGGGGCUGCCUCCAGCUCUCCUUCUACUACUACAUGUACGGCACAGCCACCACCAUGAGGCUCAGCGCCUAUGCCGCUGCUGCUGGAGGCUCUUUGGGACCACCCCUGUUCAAGCUGCAAGGCAACCAAGGGCAGGGCUGGAAGAAGGCAGAGGUUCGCUACACAGGCAACGUACAGGAUGUACAGUUUGUGAUUGAGGGGGUGUACGGAGAGACGGACAAGACUGACAUUGCUGUGGACAGCGUCUGCAUCACUGCUUGUCAAGUUUCUCCAACUACAACAGCCAAGCCCACCACAAGCUCCACCACCUCGUCCACAACCAAGCCCACCACAAGCUCCACCACGUCCACAAACAAGCCCACCACAAGCUCCACCAUAUCCACAACCAAGCCCACCACAAGCUCCACCACAUCCACAACCAAGCCCACCACAAGCUCCACCACCAAGCCCACCACAAGCUCCACCACAUCCACAACCAAGCCCACCACAAGCUCCACCACCACAUCCACAACCAAGCCCAUCACAAGCUCCACCAUGUCCACAACCAAGCCCACCACAAGCUCCACCACGUCCACAACCAAGCCCACCACAAGCUCCACCACCAAGCCCACCACAAGCUCCACCAUAUCCACAACCAAGCCCACCACAAGCUCCACCACAUCCACAACCAAGCCCACCACAAGCUCCACCACCAAGCCCACCACAAGCUCCACCACAUCCACAACCAAGCCCACCACAAGCUCCACCACCACAUCCACAACCAAGCCCAUCACAAGCUCCACCAUGUCCACAACCAAGCCCACCACAAGCUCCACCACCAUGUCCCCAACCAAGCCCACCACAAGCUCCACAACCACGUCCACAACCAAGCCAAACACAAGCUCCACCACCACGUCCACAACUAAGCCCAUCACAAGCUCCACCACCACGUCCACAACCAAACCCACCACAAGCUCCACCACAUCCACAACCAAGCCCACCACAAGCUCCACCACCACGUCCACAACUAAGCCCACCACAACUACCACCAGCAAGCCUCCAGUGGAGUGCCCCCCCAACUCCCACUACGUCGUGUGUGGGCCUGCCUGCAUGCCCACCUGCCAGGCCCCCUCUUACAACUGCACGGGCUCCUGUAUCACCGGCUGCUUCUGCGACCCCGGCUACGUGUACCGCGGGCGCCGCUGCCUGCCCCUGCACCAGUGCGGCUGCCUGGACGAGGAAAGGAACUACUACGAGCCUGGGCAGCUGGUGUUCGGAAACGGUUGCUCGAAGAUGUGCCGUUGCCUUGGUAACUACACACUGGAGUGCGUCAGUAAUGAGUGCCUGCCCACCGAGGAGUGCCGCGAGGUCAGUGGGGUGCCAGGCUGCUAUCCCAAAGACUCCUCCACCUGUAUAGUGGCAGGCGACCCUCAUUACUCCACAUUCGACCGGCGGCACUACAGCUUCAUGGGGAACUGCACCUACCUGCUGUCCAAGACCUGCAAUUCCAGUCAGGUCCCCACCUUCGCCGUGUUCACCGACAACGAGCAUCGCUUCGGCCUGCUCCACGUGACCUACAUCAAGGCCGUGCACGUGCACGUGGGGGGCUUCCCCAUCUCACUGAUCAAGGGUGGCACAGUGAUGGUGAAUGGGUCAAAGGUGAACAUCCCAAUAAGCCCUGCACCUGGAGUGUCCGUGUUUAAAGUGGGGACACACAUCACUGUAUCAGCAGACUUUGGGGUGACAGUGCGAUACGAUGGCAACCACUACAUGGAUAUCAAGGUCACCAGCGAUUACCAGGGCAAGCUCUGUGGACUGUGCGGGGACUACAACGGCAACGCCAUGGAUGACUUCCGCACGCCAGCCGGGGAGCUGGUCAGCACGCCCAACGACUUUGGAAACAGCUGGAACACAGACGCCAAAUGUUACCAGACGUCCAAUGAGACUAUCCCACAAUGCACUGAUGAGGAACAGGAUGUGUAUGAAAGUCCUGCCUACUGUGGAAUGCUGUUGAACCCCAAGGGACCCUUUGCUGUCUGUCAUCCCCGAGUGAACCCCAAUAGUUUCUUCAGGGACUGUGUGUUCGACGUGUGUGAGCUGGACGGAGCCCAGACGUCACUCUGCGAGGCUCUGGAGUCCUAUGUGAACGAAUGCCAGGAUCGCAACAUCUCAGUGGGACCCUGGAGGAACAGCACUUUUUGUCCUCUCCUCUGCCCCUCCAAUAGUCACUACGAGCCCUGUGUUCCCCCAUGCCCGCUGUCUUGUGUCAUGUCCAGUCAUGGGCAGUGCCAGGGGCCUUGUGCAGAGGGCUGUGUGUGUGACUCAGGUUUUAUUCAAAGUGCCGGAAUCUGUGUCAGGCAAGAGAGCUGUGGUUGUCAGUAUAAUGGAAAAUACUACCAGUCGGGCGAGGAGUUCUUCACCCCUGGGUGCCAGUCAAAAUGCCGCUGUGAGUUGGGGUUCCCAGUGUGCAUUCCCUGGAAUUGUUCAGACCAAGAGUACUGUGGAGUUCAGGACGGGGUACUGAGCUGCCACCCCAAAGGCUCGGCUCACUGCUAUGUAUCAGGAGAUCCUCACUACAUGACAUUUGAUGGGCGUAUCUACAGCUUCAUGGGCACUUGUACCUACACCCUGGCCAGGACCUGCCGCAACAACAAUGGUCCCUGGUUUUCAGUAGAGGGAAAGAAUGAGGAGAGAGGGAUGCCAGGCGUCUCCUACCUGCGCAAAAUCUACGUCACAGUCAAUGGAGUUACUGUCACGUUGAUGAAGAGCCGCCGGACCUUGGUAAAUGGUCUGAGGGUGGCCCUGCCCCACUCCCCCUCCCCCUGGAUGUCCCUCUUCCUGUCAGGGCAGUACGUCACUGUGAGCACCCCCUUCGGGCUGACAGUGCGCUGGGACGGCAACCACUACGCUCACAUCACUGUGCCCAGCUCCUACUAUGACCAGAUGUGUGGCCUAUGCGGUAACUAUGACAACGAUGCCGGAAACGACUUCAUGCUGCCAGACGGCAGUCAGGCGAUAAACUCGGAUGACUUUGGCAACAGCUGGCAAACUGACAAAGACGAGGACAAAACCUGUCGCCCUGGCAAUGACACGGACCACCCCUGUGAUGAACACCUGGGCGCAGAAGUGGCCAAACCGGAAAAAUGUGGCAAACUGACCAACAAACAGGGGCCUUUCAGGGACUGUAUCGCUGUGGUAGACCCCAACCCUUAUUUCUGGAGCUGCGUGUACGACAUGUGUCGCUACGAGGGGCUGCUGCAGACUCUGUGUGACCAGCUGCAGGCCUACACUGAUGCCUGUCUGGCUGCAGGAGCCACUGUCCACCAGUGGAGGGCGCCAGACUUUUGUCCUCUGCUGUGCCCUCCCAACAGUCACUACACCCUGUGUGGCAGCCAGUGCCCCGAGACGUGUGUGCCCGGCCAUCUGCCAGUGGGGGGGUGCAGCUCUCGGUGUGUGGAGGGAUGCCAGUGUGACCCGGGCUUCGUGUUGAGCGACGAGAGCUGUGUGCCCUUGAGAGACUGCGGCUGUGUGGACCCCCAGGGCUCAUACCACCCUGUGGAUGAGAGCUGGUAUCUGCCAGGCUGUACCCAGCGCUGUGUAUGCCAGGGAGAGGGUGUAAUCCACUGCGAUAACAGCAGCUGUUCCCAGAUGGAGAUUUGUCAGCUGCAAAAUGGGCAGUAUGGCUGCCAGGGACUGGACAGGGCCACGUGCUCUGCCACAGGUGACCCUCACUACACCACCUACGACGGGAAGGUCCACCACUUCCAGGGCUCCUGCUCCUACACGCUGUCCCAGCCAUGCAACGCCUCCUCCCACCUGCCAUACUUCUCUGUGGUGACCGAAAACGAGCACCGUGGCAACAACAAGCACGUGUCCUACGUGAAGGCCGUGAGGGUCAGAGUUCACCAGCACACCAUCGUCAUGAGCAAAGGCCGCAGAGUGCAGGUGGAUGGGGUACAGAUGACCCCUCCAGUGUUCCUGGAUCAGGGGGUGACCGUGCGUCUGAGCGGGGUCUUUGUCACAGUGGAGACGGAUUUUGGGCUACGUGUGCGUUUUGAUGGAAACCACCAUGCGGACGUCAGUGUGCUGUCCACCUAUAGCGAGCAGCUUUGCGGGCUGUGCGGCAACUAUAAUGGCAGACCCGGUGAUGACAAUCUGAGGCCAGAUGGCAGGCCAGCAGACAGCUCCAGUGAACUGGGCGAGAGUUGGCAGGUCCCAGACAACCGCACCGAGUGUUCCCACGAUGGAGGGGUGGAUGUCUGUGACAAGAACAUUGAGGCUGAAGCCAAGAAGCCCACCAGCUGUGGGAUGAUCAUAGACCCCCAGGGAGUGUUCCAGCCCUGCCACAGCGUGGUGCCCCCGGAGGUGUUCCUGGAGAGCUGUGUGUACGACCAGUGUGGCACAGGGGGCGACACCGUGGCUCUGUGCCUCGCCUUGCAGUCCUAUGCUGCCCUCUGCGCCCAGGCCGGUGUGCCCAUUGAUUGGCGCAACAAAACCUUCUGCCCUCUCACAUGCCCGGUUGGCAGUCAUUACUCCCCCUGUGGUAACGCCUGCCCUGCCAGCUGCACUGAACCCGGAGCCCCCAACUCCUGUGACCUCCCCUGCGUGGAGGGGUGCGUGUGUGACCCUGGCAUGGUGCUCAGUGGGGACAAGUGUGUCCCCUUCAACCAGUGCGGCUGUGUGGACAAGGAUGGCAGCUACCGCCCGGUCUGUGGCAUGUGUGGCAAUUUCAAUAACAACGGCAGUGAUGACAGCCUGAUGCCAGACGGGCUCCCUGCCAAGGAUGUGGUCCAGCUGGGCAACAGCUGGAAGGCAGAAGGCGACAGUGAUGAGGGGUGCCAGCCUGAUGACAGGGAGGAUCUGGACCCCAAGUGCACACAGGAGGAGGAGUCCCACUACACCGCCCUCUGCAUGGAGCUGCUCUUCGACAAGCGCUUCCAGGAAUGCCACGCCCUCCUGCUGCAGGAGCCCUUCCUGCAGAACUGCGUGUACGACAUGUGCGAGUACGAGGGCAUGCUGGGAACACUGUGCGACAACGUGGGGGCCUACGCCCAGGCCUGCCAGAGUCUGGGGAUCACUGUGUCCUGGAGAAACUCCACCUUCUGCCCCCUACCAUGUCCCCCCAACAGCCAGUACUCCCCCUGCACGGCCCCCUGCCCCCCCACCUGCGCCAACCUGUAUGCUGAUGCCAGCUGCCCUCGCCCCCCCAGUGCCUGCGUGGAGGGCUGCCAGUGUAACCCUGGCUUCGUGCUGAGCGGCGACCAGUGUGUGGCGCUGUCGAGCUGUGGCUGUGUGGACAGCAAGGGGGAAUACCACGAUGUGGGGGACAGCUGGUUCCCUGUGUCUGACUGCUCUGAACGCUGUGUGUGCUCCUCCUCUAACAACAUCACCUGUGAGCCCUGGCGGUGCAGCCCAGCAGAGGCCUGUAGUGUCCAGGAGGGGACAUUGGGCUGCCACACUACAGGUAUGGGAGUGUGUCACAUAGCUGGGGACCCUCACUACUACACCUUCGAUGGCGUGAUGCACACCUUCAUGGGCACCUGCACCUACACCUUGGUGGAUGUGUGCAACACCAGUCUGGUGACGCCCUUCACCAUCGUAGCCAAGAAUGAAGAGAGGGGUCAACCAGAAGCCUCCUACCUGCGCUCCGUCACCAUCCAGCUGCAGGGAGCCACCGUGACUCUGAGCAAGAACAGGAGAGUGCUGCUGGAUGGUCGUAGAGUGUUGACUCCUCUGACCAUUAGUGGGACAGGGGCAAGCCUGUCCACUAGUGGGGUGUACAGUGUCCUGGACACAGAUUUCGGGCUGACUGUGAGGUUUGAUGGGGUGCAUCAUCUGGAAAUCACACUUCCUGGAGCUUACUACAAUAAGUCUGACCUCUCUCAGGUGGGAGACUCCUGGUUGAACGAUCACUGCGAGAGGAGGUGCUCAUGCACGCCGGGCGGCGUCCUGAACUGCGUGGCGUUCCAGUGCAGCGAGAAGUCGGUCUGCGCCCUGGACAGCGAGGGGAUCCGCUACUGCAAGCCAGCCAAGUUUGACAAGUGCAGCAUUUCUGGGGAUCCCCACUACCGCACCUUCGACCGGUUUGUUCACCACUACCAGGGCCCCAACACCUACAUCCUGACCCAGACCCACGAGCUGCCCACCUCUCUGGCACCCUUCACGGUUCGGGGAAAGAACACGCGCAGAGGCAUCAACCGGAGGGUGUCCUUCCCGAAGGAAGUCUAUAUUGACAUAUAUGGGAUCAACAUCCGCUUCUUGCAGCAGAGGAAAGUACUGGUGAAUGGGGAGAGAGUGAGACCCCCUUUCCAGCCCCUACAGGGUCUGAGGUUGUCCCAGCGGUCACGCUUUGUUCAGCUGCACACUGACUUUGGCCUCUCAGUCAGCUUUGAUGGGAAAUACCAUGCAGAGGUGGUCCUGCCCAGCACCUACCAAUCUCACGUGCGAGGCCUUUGUGGGAACUACGAUGGCCGUUCCAACAACGAGUACAUGAAACCUGAUGGCAGUCUGACCCGCAAUAUCAACGAGUUUGGGAACAGCUGGCAAGUGAGUGACAGGGAGCUACCAGGACAGAAGACCCCUCCUUCUCACCCUGCAGCCUGGCGUCUCCACAGGCGCGCCCUGGAAGAAAACCUGGAGACCGGGUUCGAGACAGGAGAUUGCAGUGUGGACCAGCUGACCGUGGUGAAUGGGUCUUCGCAAUGUGGGGCUCUCGCUGAACCCCAGGGACCCUUUGCACCUUGCCACCCCAGGCUGGACCCCGAGCAGUUCCAGGAGAGCUGUGUGUUUGACCUGUGCGCUGAGCAGAAUGAUGCCACCCUGCUCUGUGCCAGCUAUACAGUGUACGCACAGGCCUGCCAGGAGCUAGGAGUCACCCUGGGGCCGUGGAGACAGAAGCUGAAUUGCGCUCUCAGCUGCCCACCCAACAGUGUGUACAAUUCCUGCAUAUCAGCCUGCCCGGCGUCCUGUGCUGACCUGGCUGCCCCCUCAGAGUGCGACACCUCUGUGUGUGUGGAAGGAUGUCACUGCAACCCAGGCUUCGUCCUGAGUGGGCUGGACUGUGUGCCUUAUUCUCAGUGCGGUUGUACCUUCCAGGGGCAUUACUAUCUGCUGAAUGAGAAAUUUGUGUCGGAGGACUGUAGUCAGAGUUGUCAGUGUACAGUCACAGGAGCCGCGUGUGAACCCAAGACAUGCCCAGUGGGCCACAUCUGUACAGUGUACAACGAUACACGCAACUGCUACAAAGAAAGUCCGUGUCUGAGCAUGCCAUGCUGGAAUGACGGAAUCUGUCAAGAGCUGCCAGAAGGCAUUGGCUUCAACUGUCAGUGUCUUGAGGGAUUUGAAGGCCCACUUUGUGAAGGAGAGAAGCUUCCUCCCAGCAGCAACCAGCUCGACGAGAAGACAAUCAUCCUGAUUGGAGUUCUCGUCCCUCUCGUGGUGAUCCUCCUGGCAGUGCUGUUUGUUUGUGUGCACCAGCACAGAGUGAGUAAGAAACGAUGGAAAUAUGAUACAAGCAAAGAGGACUUGGCUUACCUGGAAAAUAAGAAUUACAAGCCAGAGAAAACCAAGGUGACAAAGUUUUGAAGACGUGGUCUCCUGGGCCCAGACCCCCCACCCCACAGCUCUCAACAUCCAGAAGGACAGAAAUCUCCACAGCCGUCUUAGUAGCAGAGUCCUCUUGCACAGAGACUGGAAUGUGACAAAAAGCUGGACCAUAGCAAUGAAUCCCUUAUAUAAAGCAGGCUAUUUCUUCUGCAAAACCUCAUUAAAAAGAUUAGCAUGUUCAGCUCCAGGCCUGCACAGGCUUUUUCCUUGCUGGAAUUGUCCUAAUUAAUUCCUGCUUUAUUACUAAGGAUACAAUUCCCAGUGGUCUUCAUGGAGCACUUAUCCCAGCACUGUGUCCCUCUGCCACAGUUUUUAGACAUGGCUUGUUCUUCCCCCUCCUUCUAUUCUGCUUCUGUCCUCUUACCUCCUCUUUUUUCCCUGUUCCCUGUCUGUUCUCCUUCAAUUGCGCAUCCCAGAGAUCAUGUGACCUUUGCUGCCCUGAUUGCCAAAGGUAGCAUAACCUGUGCUGCUUCACAGAGGAUAUGAGACUUCUGAAUCCUAGAGGUCACUUGACCCUUUCCCUCCCAUUUCUUCUCCUCUUUCUGGCCUUUUAGAUCUGAGGAAAACCCCACAAGACAAAGCCACAAAAACCGAUUAAGACUUCCUUCUUAAAGAAAAACUGCAAGAUAAAUGAAGAAGAAAAGCAGAAACAUCAGCUGUUUUUACUGCAGCUGCUGUUUCCAAGAACUGAAGACCUGCCUUUGAAAAUGGUCUUGUCCCAUGACCUUUGACCUGCCGAGGACUGGUGGAGUUGAGAGCUGUAACAUUCCUGGAUAUUUUUAUUAUUAACUUA